AUGUUCCAUCGGACCGAGCCAUCGUUCAACGUCGAUAUGAAGAACUACAUCCACUUGACCAGGACGCUUAAAACUCGGUCUCAAGAUUGCUCAAUGCAACUUCACGUCAACCAAUAUCCUGAUGACCUUGCUAAAGCUUUUGACCGAGUACCUCCCCAAACGGUCAUCGGAGUUUGCAGAUCAAUGUGGCAUUUUGCUCUUUCCCCUAUCUUGCUUGAAUCUGCUUGGUUAAUAGAUCACGAGUUGAAUGUGGAAUUCCUCCGGCUUGUGCUCUUUCAUCGAUAUCCGAAACUGGCUGCCGCAGAACCCCCGAUCUCUACGCCAAAAACGCUUGAGGCACUCGCAGCCCCGUCCCGUGAGGCGGGAGAGAAACUUCUAAAUCCUGCGCAACCAGAACUAACCGACCUCCAGCAUAUCUAA